AUGGGCAACACGGGCAGCAAAAACCGAGUCUCUGAUCAGGACAGGGCCAUCCUCGACCUCAAGAUUCAACGCGACAAGCUGCACCAGUACCAGAAACGAGUCACGACCAUCACGAACCGCGAAACGGAAAUCGCACGAGAAUGUCUGCGCCUCGGCAAUAAGCAGAAAGCACUCCUGGCGCUGCGCCGGAAGAAAUAUCAAGAGUCGUUAUUGGCCAAGACCGAUCAGCAGUUGGCACAGUUGCAGGCGUUGACAAGUGAUGUCGAGUUUGCGCUCGUGCAGAAAGACGUCUUGUUUGGCUUGCAGCAGGGGACGGCCGUGCUAAAGGAGAUCAACAAGGAGAUUGGGGGCCUGGAGAAAGUGGAGAUGAUCCUGGGCGAGAGCGAGGAGGCGAGGGCGUAUCAAGAGGAAGUCAGCGAUAUGCUGGCGGGCAAGAUGUCAAAUGAGGAUGAGGAUGCCGUGGAGGAUGAGCUCGAGGCCAUGGAGAGGGAGGCUACGGCUGCCCAGCGUGCACAGGCCGUUCCUAGUAUGCCCGAUGCACCAAGGGUCACGGCGGGAGAAAUGCCUGAUGCCCCUGCUGGGACACCCGCAGAGAAGCAGAAGGCGAGACGACUGGCACGAGCCGCGAGAGAGGAGCGCGAGGCUAUUGCUGCGUAAUCAGGAUGGCUUAGCGCGGUCGGUUGCCGUCAGACGCUGAGGUGGCAUCUUUCACAUUUAGCGCGGCAUUGGUGAAUAGAAUAUGGUUAGCAGGGCGAAUCGCGAAUUGGCUACAGGUAUCACUAGGCAAGAAUCUCGCAGAUCUUGCUGGAUGUGGUCUCACAUUUGGCCACAUUUCGUCUGAUGAAGCAGUGUACGCAGAAUGUUCCUGGCCUGACGAUUGCGAUGGGCAGGUUAGACCCCGUGGUGAAUACAGAGCGGAUCGCAGUCGGAGUGGAAUCUGGAACGAGGAGGAACCCGGUCGACCAGACAAACAGUUGUUGCAAGAAAGUAACAAUGCGAAUAACUCCACCGGCCUCACCUCCCACCGAAAGCAGACGCUUGUUCUUUUGGCAAUGUAGUCCUUUUCACAGAGGUCGACCAGGGACAUCAUGGGCUUCGCCGUCAAGAUCUGUUCAAGCCUCAUUUCGAUCCGGAUCAAGUGCUGGUUACAGAAGACCUCUUGAUCUGGGGAGCCGGAGCCGACAUGGAGAUGGGCAUGCUUAAGGUCACAGCGACUGUGAUACUGGCCUUUUGACUUCGAAUUACCACACGUCUUCUGCCCACACACUCGCGAAAGCCUACUUCUGUCCAGCCUUCACCUCCAAAUAGCAAGCUGCGCAAAGCUUCAGGUUCAAACCUCUCUCAGCUUCCUUCUUCCGUGAAACAGCGUCCUUUCCACCAUAGCGCCCAGGUCGCAUUUGAAUAGGUUCACCAUUGUCUCUGUAUUCCGCAGGAUUGCCUUUGCAAUCACCGUUCUUGCUGCACAGAAAGCGCUCCCCUGUUCUUGGAUGAUUGCUGCGAUAUGGGACUGGAAAAUCAGACCAGAUCGCUGCUGGGACAUCUGGUUCCUGUAUAUUGCUGCGAAUCAAUUCUUGGUAUCUCUGCUCCAGCUGGGGAGCAUGCUCUCUUUGCUUGAGCGCGGACAAGACCAUCGUGCCCCACCUCUCACCGUUCGGGAUGAACGAUAACGAGUCUGAAGAACCCAUGGGAUCAGCAGUCCAGUUGAUGACUUCACCGAGAGUCGCAAUUGUCUGGACACUUCCCCACGCUGAGAGGUUUUCUGCCUCCGGUUCGCCAUCGAGGAGCGUCGUGAUCGGUCGAGCUAGCGGUGAAGGAACGGUCGAUUCUGAUUCUCGAGGGUCUGAUUCUGAUUGUGUGUUCGCACUCUGUGCCUUCAGAAGUGGGUGCUGCUCACCCGUUCCCAGUGCCGUCAAAGACAUUCGCGCGAUGGCAGCCUUGAGGUUUCUCUGGAUCUCGCAGGGGAUUGGCAGGAAUCGAGGCACCGAGAUAUCUCGUCGGCAGAGACUCAUGGCGCACGAAGCUGAAGGUACUAGCUGCCGAUCUUGCUGUCGACUAGGUAUACCACCAAUGUUGCAGUGAUCGCUCUCGAUCGAGGACGUUUCCUUGGCGACAAUACGUCCUUCACGCCCGCACGACUCGACGCCGUCAGUGGAGAGGGCUCAAGCGAGGUAAAUUGCCUGCGCAAAGCUGUAAACACGUACAAGUAAGACUGUAUUGUGUAUGUUCCCGAGCGGACACUGCACAUAAGCUACGCGAUGAAUACGCACGUGGGGGCGUGCUUCACUUGCAAUUCGCGAAAGCGGCCCGUGCACAGGGGUCUCUAUUGGCAACGGUUGCCGCAGCCGCACCAGUCCCGCACACUGAUAUUGUUGUUGAUUCAAUGGAAACAGCGAGAAGCACCACGCCCUUCCACCACUUUCCAUCGACACCAAC